AGGUACCUCCGCACACUGUACCUGGGGCUGCAGAGCCGGUGGCAGGCUGAGCACCGCCGCCGCCACUUCUACUGGAGGAUGAUGUUCGAGAGCGCGGACAUCAGCAUGCUGCGCCUGCUGGAGACCUUCCUGAAGAGCGCGCCCCAGCUCGUCCUGCAGCUCAGCAUCAUGGUGCAGCAGAACAGCAUCGAGCCGCUGCAGGGGCUCUCGGCCUCGGCCUCGCUGGUCUCCCUGGCGUGGAUGAUCGCCUCCUACCAGAAGGUGCUGCGGGACUCGCGGGAGGACAAGAUGCCCAUGUCCUACAAGGGGGCCGUGGUGCAGAUCCUGUGGCACCUCUUCACCAUCGCCGCCCGCGCCAUCGCCUUCGCCCUCUUCGCCUCCGUGUUCCAGCUCUACUUCGGCAUCUUCAUCGUCACCCACUGGUGCAUCAUGACCUUCUGGAUCAUCCAGGGCGAGACGGACUUCUGCAUGUCCAAGUGGGAGGAGAUCAUCUACAACAUGGUGGUGGGCAUCAUCUACAUCUUCUGCUGGUUCAACGUCAAGGAGGGACGGAGCCGCUACCGCAUGUGCAUCUACUACGUCAUCACGCUGUCGGAGAACGCCGCCCUCACCGUCCUCUGGUUCCUCUACUACGACCGCAAGACCACCUCCGACUUCGACGCCUUAAUCCUCGUCUGCGUGGUCAGCUCCAGCUUCGCCCUCGGCAUCUUCUUCAUGUUCAUCUACUACUGCCUCUUGCACCCCAACGGCCCCAUGUUCGGUCCCCACUCCGGGGGCUGCAUUUUCCGGCAGCGGCCGGCCCCGGUGCCGGGGUCCCCUACGGACGCCGUCACCAGCCCUCCCCGCUCGCUGCCGCGGACUACAGGGGGGGAGCGGGAAGGGGCGCUGGGGGAGCGGGACAGCUGCGUGCCCGUCUUCCAGGUGAGACCCUGUCCCCCGCCGGCGCCGGCCGCCCGUGCCCCGCGGACAGAGGGUCCCGUCAUCCGCAUUGACCUGCCCAGAAAGAAGUACCCGGCCUGGGACGCCCACUUCAUCGACCGGCGCCUGCGGAAAACCAUCCUGGCACUGGAGUACGCGUCGCCCACCACCCCGCGCCUGCAGUACCGCACCCCCGGUGCUCCCCAGGAGGUGCUGGAGUAUGAGACCACCGUGUAGGGUGGGGGCUGUGGGGCCACGGCAGGGCCCCUCCCGGUGCCAUCCCCGCCGCCCCGCGUCUUCACAGCCGUUUGCCUUUCUGUUGGGUUGGCCGGUGUUGCCGCGCUGCCAUGCUGAGCACCCCACGGGUGGAAGCUGGGGAGGUCUCUUGGUGCUAUCCCCCUCCCCGUGCCACCCUCCUGCAGCCGAGACCCCUGUCCUCACCACACAGCGGCCACCCCAGCUCUCCCCGGGGCUUGUCCUUGCCAAAAUACCUCACCGGUGCCUCAGCCCAAGGCGGUGGGUGCUGUGGCCCCACAGCGCUUGACGGGGUCGGUGGUGCAGGAUGGGGACUGGGGGCAUCCCCGGGCUGGGGGCUGGUGGCUACAAGGGGCAUGGGGCAUGGUGGGGCAUGACUGAGGUGGGCAACACGUGGGGACACGGGUGCUGGGGCAGCCCCAUUCCUCUGCCGUGGGGCUGGAGUGUGUGGGGGGCUCCUGUCACCCCCCAGGAGCCAGCGCAGGGGACAGAUGGGGUACGGCCAGCCCCCCCAUGUCUCCUGGCUCCCCUCUGCCCUGGGGUCCCUGCUGACUUGUGGGGUGCAGACCCUGGGCCAGGGGAGCCCCUCACAGGCAGGCACUGACCCUGCUCCCCCUGGCACCGAGCUGGGGCAGCAGGGGAUGGCUGUGCCCCAUUGUCCCCUCUGUCCCCAUGGGAACCGCUUCAUCUCAUUUGGUUUGUUUUCACCUGAAUAGUGACAUUUUGUGUGACAUUUUCUACCUCCACUGAGGCCGGGGGAGGCAGGGUCUGGCUGGCAUUGCUUGGGGGGGGGUGUGCGGGGCUGUCAGCAUUCCUGGGGCUCCCCAAAGUGGGAUUCACCCCCGCCCCCUGCCCUGAGAUGUUCUCCCCUCCCAGGUUUGGCAUCACUUCCCACCUGGGAGCAUUUCCAUCCAUCCACCCAUCAGCAUCAGCCCCUUCCAGCUCCCCAGUAUAACCGUGAGCCGGGAUCCUGCCUGCCCCUGCCUCUUCCCCUGCCUGUCCCUGCCUGCCCCUGCCUGCCCCUGCCUCCCCAGAGGAGUGGGGCUGCCCCAGGCUCUGGGAUUGAAUGUGUCCCCUGGUCCUGCCCGGAUCCAUUGGUGUGGCCCCACCUGAAGGGCUGUGCUGAAUGUACCCUGUGCCCCCCUGGCACACGCAUGUGCGUGUGUGUGUGUGUGCAGGGGGCUGGCAGGGGUUUGCAGGGCAGGGGAGCUGCUGGACCCCGCGGCUGUGCAUCACCUCCACCCCUCGCCCCCAUGGUCCCUGUGCCUUCCCCACACACCCCUUCCCCCCCACACCAGUCCUGGCUGCCCCAUGCCACAGUGCCAAGCCCUGGGCAGGGGAGUGUGGGCAUCCCCGCAUCAGCCCCAUCGUGCCACCCCAUGAGGAACCCCAUGAGGAACCGCGCUGGCCGCGGGGAGGGCUGGUGUUGGGGAGCUGCCCCUGGGAAUGGCUCUGGCUGCCACCCACCUGGUUGGGCUAUGGGGUCCCCAAGGGACAGUGUGGGUGCCUGGCCCCCUGGCACAGAGUGGCAUCACGUUGUUUUGCUUUUUUUUUUCCCAUUUCUCUGUAGCUGGAAGGCCAGAGUAACAGCGGGCUGGGGUGGGCUGUCGCUGGGGUCACUGGUGCUAACUGGUGCUAACUGGAAGCCUCGGAAACCCUUUUGGAGGAGGGUGUAAAUGAUGCCUGGGGGUGGGCAGCAGGACAGACCCCUGGCAACCCACACCCUUCCUUCGCUGCCGGUGAUGGGCAGAUCCCAGUGGGAGGUUCUGACCGUGCUGGGGACAGCACUGGGCAUGGGGUGGCUCUUCUGGGGGGUCUCUUUUCCUCAGGGAAGGUGGGGGCAGUGGCCAUGGGAGCUGGGCUGGGGCUGGCACUAACUUCUCCUUGCCAGGGGAGCCAGGGAGCCACCAGGGAUGGACCACAUGGGGGAUCCGGGACCUGUGUGGGGUGGCUCUCCUGGCUCCCCCCAGCCCGAGCCCCUCACAGGCCAGGAGGAGCCGCUGGUUGGGGUGAUCUGCAGCCCCCCUCCAUGCCCUUCACCCCCAGGGUUUGCGUGGGGACCCCAGAGCCGCACCGGCAGGACAGAGGGACACUUUUCUAUGCACUCAAGCCACGGUACCCUCAGCCCCGGGCUGCUCCGGGCAGGGAUCUCAGCAGCGGCAGGAGGCACCGAGCUGUGUGGGUGCCACAGGGCAGCCACGGGACCUGACCCUGGCCCUGGGGCUCAGUCACCCCCCUGUGGCAAGGGGGGACAACCUGGGGCCAAGCCAGGUGAUGUGGGAUGGGGGCAGCUCCAGGGGUGCUUGUGCUCCCUCUGGGGACGGGGGUCCUGGUCCUCAGGGGGGUGUCACCCCGUGGGUGGCAGUGGGGCUCUCCUGGCUUCAGGAAGCAGGGAGAGGUUUGAGCUGGGGCCAUUUGUUCCCGGUGGGGCUGCUGGGGGGGUCUCAGCCACGUCUCCACUCCCCCCCUCCAGUGCCGGGACCUGGCGGCCACUGUCAUGUACUGUAAAUACUCUGUGUGCCACCUUCUUCUCUGGGACCCUCGGCGGGGGCGGGGGGCAAGCGGUAGGCCGUGGUCCGUACCAAGACUUUUUUGUAUACCACAAACUUUUUGUAUAUUUUUAAUUUUGCUGCGACAUGAGAUAUUAAAUUCAUUUCAAUAA